CUUGCGUCAAGCUUCCCUAACGCGGCCGCAUUUCCGGGGAUGAAAACUUUGGAACGGGUGAUUUCCAUGCCUCUCGCCUAGUUUUUUACUGCGCUGUGGUGGGGUUAUCAGCGGCACAGUUUAGGCACACAACUUCCUAAUUUGAGAGUAUCAUAGGUAUUGCCUGGUCCCUUUCAGGCGUAGUUUUCCUUCACAUUGGCUUUUGCUCGCCUUUAGAUAUUCAUAGCUCAUCAGAAAGAGGGGAGUCAGCAUAUCAAGUGUUAUGUCGACCGGGGCUGGCCAGGAGAAGGCGCUGCGCCUGCUGCGCCAUCUGCCGCGGGUCGGCCUCACCAACAUCAACCACCCGAUCGGCAAGCCGCCGGGUCAGCGGAAGCGCGGUCAGCACGGCGGCGACACGCACGGCGCCGGUACCAAGGGCUCGAAGGCGCGCCAGCACUUCGCGAGGGCCGGCUUCGAGGGUGGUCAGACGCCGUUCUACCUGCGCAUCCCGCGUGAAGAGCCUUACAAGGGCCACCACCUGCGCCGCCAGUACCCGCCCGUCUCGCUGCACCAGCUGCAGCUGAUGGUGGACACGGACCGCGUGGACCCGAGCCACCCGAUCGACAUCACUCAGAUCUGCAACUCUGGCUUGUUCAAGCUGGAGCCGAUGCGGCGCGAGUUCGGUUUUCAGCUGACUGAUGAGGGCAUGGACGAGUUCGAGACGCCGGUGAACCUGGAGGUGCAGUGGGCCCCGGAGCGCGUGAUCGCCGCCGUGGAGCGCGCCGGCGGCACCAUCACCGCCGCCUUCUACGACAUCGCUAGCCUGAUGGCCAUGGUCGACCCGGCCAAGUUCUUCAAGAAAGGGGUGCCUAUCCCGCGGCGGGCGCUGCCGCCGCAGGACGCCGUCGGCUUCUACACGGACCCACGGACGCGCGGCUACCUGGCUGACCCGGAGCGGGUCGCCCGUGACCGGCUCACGCUGGCGCAGAAGUACGGCUACGAGCCCGUCACCGUCCAGGAGGGCGUGCUCACCAUGCGGAAGGACCCGCGCCAGGUGUUCUUCGGCCUCGAGCCCGGCUGGCUGGUCAGCCUCGCCAGCAAGGAGGUCUGGCGGGUUAAGGACCCCACUAUGGUCGAGUACUACCGCGCCUAGACGCUGGCGGCGCAACCUCGGCGUGCUCCUCGUGACGCAAAGCUCCGCCAGUGACCGCGGGCGCUGCCGGGCGAGGUCACGACCUCGACUGCGUGCCACCGCUCGCCGGGGACCCUGGGGCGUGGUGUCGUGGGGCCGGUGCUGACGGUACAGCGGCCUGGGGCGGCCUCGGUUGAGCCCUGCUGUUUGUAGUAGCCACGAGCGCUCACGGAUGGUUGGCGCGUGCGGGCCGUCGCCGGAGUAAUCGUAAUGCGUGUGUGGGGUGCGUGCCACGCCAACUGUUUGAGCUUGUGUACCGCUGCACGUGCCGCCAGCCUGGGACUGAGGCCGGCCAAAGGGCGGCACGGGUGACUGCCUCCGCUCCGGGAUAGUGUUGACAUUGGCAGGCUCGGGAGCGUGAGGAUAUAUGGUCUACCCUGUACGUAGGCAAAUACACAACUGGCCCGUACCGGCUCCACA